UGACAGUUGUAAGAAAUAUAAAAUAAAAACAAAAAUAUAAAAUUGAAUUCUUCUUCUUAACUUCGAUUCUUUUAAAACUUUAAGCAAUUUGCUCAUUGGAUAAAUAAUCGUACAUCUUAAGAAGUAUGUGAACAUACCAAUCCAACUUAGGCAAAAACUAUAUAUAUAUUUUCACAAAAAUGUUGCGGAAUCGCAAAGCUUUUGUUAAUUGUUGGUUUUAUCCGACAACUACCAUGUUAAAAACUAAUAUGCGAUCAAUAAUUUCGUUACGAAAAUUAAGUUCAUCACAAAACGCAAAUAUAAAAGAAAGCUAUGAUGUUAUAAUUGCUGGCGGUGGUAUGGUUGGAUGUACUCUAGCAUGUGCAAUGGGUAAAAGGGCUUUACUUUCAAACUUAAAAGUAUUAUUGCUUGAGGGCAGCCCUAGCCAAACAUUUGCCAUGAAACAAGAGUAUAGUAACCGAGUAGUGGCAUUAAAUCAGAAUACGAAAUCGUUAAUGAAGUCACUGCAAGUUUGGGAGCAUGUAGAAAAAAUGCGGCUUCAACCGGUCAGAUACAUGCAGGUUUGGGAUGCAUGUUCAGAUGCAUUAAUAUCAUUCAGUAGUUCAGACAUACUUGAUGAUGAUGUUGCAUACAUUGUUGAAAAUGACGUUUUGCUGCACGCUAUUGAUAAGGAAUUGAAGAGCUCUGCUGUGAAGAAUGUGGACAUAGUAUAUGGAGCUAAAAUAACUGGUUAUGAACUACCACAACCUAAUAGUCAGACUUCAGAGAGUAUAGUUAAAAUGAGUAAUGGAGAUACCUACAAGUGCCAGUUAUUGAUCGGCGCGGACGGUGCAAACUCAGCGGUUCGCAAAGCGAUGGGCGUGCAGUACCUAUCGUGGAACUACGAUCAGAUGGGGGUCGUCGCUACCUUACAUUUGGCUGAGGAGACAGAAAACACAACAGCGUGGCAACGGUUCCUGCCGACUGGUCCCGUGGCGUUCUUGCCGCUGGACUCUAAGCGCAGCUCGCUCGUCUGGUCUACGACGCACGCGCACGCGAAAGAGCUACUGAAGCUGCCCGAUGAACAAUUCGUUGACGCACUCAACGAUGCUAUGUGGCGGCAGUUCCCGCGGCGCGGCGCGGUGGACGCGUGCACGGCGUGGGUGGGCGGCGUGCUGCGGCGCGCGGGGCUGCCGGACGGCGCCGAGCGCCAGCUGCCGCCCAGCGUGCGCGCCGCCGCGCCCGCCUCACGCGCCGCCUUCCCCUUCGCCUUCGGACACAGCACCAAGUACAUCGCGCCCGGAGUUCUACUAGUCGGCGACGCAGCGCACCGCGUGCACCCGCUGGCAGGGCAAGGUGUCAACCUCGGCUUCGGCGACGUCAAGGAUCUCACUGAUUUGUUAGCGGACGCUUUGUACACGGGAUUGGAUAUUUGUCACCACAGCUGGUUACAAAGCUACGAGAGUCUCCGCCAGCGGCACAACGUGCCGACGCAGCUGGCGAUAGACGCGCUGUACCGGCUCUACAGCCUCGACCUGGCGCCGCUCGUGCUGGCCAGGAGCCUCGGCCUGCAGAUCACCAACGCAUUCCAUCCCGUCAAAAAACUGAUUAUGUCUCACGCAACGACGUAGCAAAUAAAACCUAUGAAAUUGAAAUUAGAAAUAUAAUUUGCUAUAUGGAUCCUGAGAUAAAUGUUUUAGUAAAAUAAU